CCUCACCCCUCACCCAGAAUAGUACAAAACAGCAGGGGGAGGACAGGCACAUGGCAAAGAAAAACAAGAGGUUCAAAAAAAGACAAGACCAGACGAAAAGACAAAACCAGAGGUUCCUGCGAAAAAACGACAACUUUCAAGUCAAGUGUGUGUUCCAGGACUUUCUUCUGGAAUGUUCUGACGGCGGAUAUUCUUCGGAUUUCUCCGACGGCGGGGUCACUUCUGUCUGCUUUUUAAAUAACUUAUGAUCUAACUGAAGAAGGGAGGAAAAUUUAACUAACUUUAAAGUCUUAAAAAUAUCCUGGAGAACAAGAAAGAAAUUGGUGUCAGCAGCUCAGGGACGUAAAAAGUGAAGCAAGCCGGAUUUUACAGGCAGAACAUGGAGAAUUAUACCAGCUUACAGGAUUUCAGUGAGAGCGGCUCCCCUGCAGGCAAAUCUCCCAUUUUAAGGGAAAAUCAGGCCAGUCCAGUGGUGGGGGUCAGGCAGGAGACAGGAUGCAUGAGGAGCCGGGCCACCGCUGUCCUCGUCAUCUCCCUGCUGCUCUCCGUCUGUGCCAACAUCGCCCUGAGCAUCCUGCUGUACAACAGACCUGUGAAUACUGGCAACUCUCGGGCAGGGAUAGUGGGAGAGACAUCCGCUCUCACCCAAAAGUACAAUCUUCUCAGCCAGCGCUACACCACUCUCUGCGGGGACUACCAAACCCUGGUCCAGAACUGCACAGAACCAAGAAGUGCGGUGAACCACUGCAAGCCCUGCCCCCCAAGCUGGGUGGAGUUUGAGGACAAGUGUUACUACUUCAGCAAAGACAAGCUGGACUGGGAGAGCAGCAAGGCCAGCUGUGAGACACUGGGCAGCCACCUGGUCGUCCUGCGCAGUCAUGAGCAACACGAGGCCCUGGAGCAAGAGGUGCGGAGGCUCAGACAGCUGGACUACCACUUCUGGAUUGGUCUGUCGGACAGGGAGACCGAAGGGGACUGGAAAUGGGUGGACAACUCCACUGUCAACUUCACGUACUGGAACGUGGAGAAUUCCCAGCCAGAUAACCACUUGUCUGGUGGUAUCCAUGGAGAAGACUGCGCGGUUCUGAAUUCGAUCCACAAAUACUGGGCUGAUGUCCCCUGUGACUUCCUGUACAAACACAUUUGCGAAAUGAACGCUGUUAAGAUGGACUGAUUGAUUUUACCACAACCCAACUAAGGAAUAAGAAGGAAGGAAAUAACUAAGGAAUUUAGUUAUUUAGCUUAAAAUGAUUUUUGAUACGUUUUAUCAUGGUUUUUCAUCUUAAAUCAGAUCUAAUUUUAAUUGUUUAGGGCUGUUUCCUGAAUAUAAUACAUGAUUAUGUCACUAAAAACCUUAGCGAAGGUAUGAUGUUAUAGAAUGGUACAGCUUGGUAUAGACAGAUGAUCAUUUUAAUUAUGGAUGUGACGGACUGAGACAUCCCACCUGCAACAUGUUACAAACUGUGUAAAGCAGAAGAGCAGUGAAGAACAAUAAACACACACAUUGGA